CCGCUGGUACACAUUAAAACACACGCACAUACACAACAAAUGCACAGGCACGCGCGCGCGCGCGGGCGUUUAGAAAACAAUUCCUUUUUAUGUAAAUAAUAUUGUUUUAACAGAAAGUCCUUUUUAUUCCUUGCACCUCUCUUAGGUAACUUAAUAAAAAGAAAAUAUUUUCGUAAACACUAAGAAAAGUGUAGCAUUUUAAAUCUCACUUUUCCCGCGAAAUUUAUCUUCGGUUGCCGCGUGCACCGUCUCAAAAGAAAAGGUUACGUUGUAUUUCGUCUGGGUAUACGCACGAAUUAGGAGUUUUCAAUAUGAGUAACUUUCGAAAUUAUUGACUAAACAAUGUGAACGUUUAAAACGUAUACUUCGUAUACGUUGCGUAUAAUAAUAUUGUGAAAAUAAUAAAAGAGCGAUAUUCGAGAAGGAAAGACAUUGCUUCUAUUAAAGGAAAAAAAAUAUGUCUGAUGAAAUGACAUGUGACAUUUUAUUAUGUGAGUGGAAAAAAUAAUUACAAUGAGCGAAGAAUGUCCAAAUUGUCGGCAAAUUACAAAUACAUCAGAUUCAAGACUGAUAAAAGAUAGUUGUGGUCAUAGCAAAUGCAGAAUGUGUCUUCUAUAUGAAGAAGAAGGAUGUAAAACUUGCCGUGAUCUUCCACAAAACGAUGGAGACUUUGUUGAAUUAACAAAUGACAAUCAUGCAAAUGCUAAAAGUUCUGUAAUCGGAGAAGAGAUAAUCUUGCCUUUAGAGCUUGUUAUUAAUAAAAAUUCAAAGUGUAUCUAUAAAGACACUCUUAAUAGCGAAAAGGAUAUAUAUAAAUUGUCAACUGUAAACACUGACAAUGAGAAAAGCUCGAUUGAAACGUAUAUUCCAAAGAUAGAAUCAUGCGAUGUAAGUUCAAAUGUGCAGAUUCAUUUAAAUAAUGAAAACGAUUUGGUAUCCCAAUCAACAGAUGCUUUUAAUGAUGUUCAGACGCCUAUAUCAACGAGAGCAAAUGUGAGAAACGCAAAACCAAAGUCAGAUCCUAUUGAGUUUGUUGAUAAUAAAGGUACAGUAAAGGAUAAGCACUUAAAAUCUUCCAAUAGAAGCCAUAUAUCGGUAAUAGCUGGAACUCCAGAAAAGUAUAAAUGUAAUGCUUGCGAUAAAAUAUUCCGGAACAAAAAAGGCAAAUGUUACCACGACGCGUGCGUAACUGGGAUUAAGCCUUAUCAAUGUACUUUCUGUGAUAGAGGUUUUGUUAAGAGAUCCCAUUUUGAAUAUCACGAAAGAGUUCACAGUGGAUAUAAACCGUAUAAAUGUGGUAUAUGUGAGAAAGCAUUUCCACAACAAAACAAAUUGAAUAGACAUAUGCAUACGCAUAACAAAGAAAAGCAAUUUAUAUGCCCUAAAUGUAAAAAAAGAUACAGUAAGCAAGAAGAUUUGAAAAGCCAUUUGAAUAGUCAUAACAAUUCUGUCGUUUAUACCUGCAAAGCCUGUGAAAAAUCUUUCUGUGUUUUGACAAAUUUGAAACGUCACAUGAGAACGCAUACUAAUGAACGGCCAUACGUGUGUGACCAAUGCGGUAAGAGUUUUAAAGAUAAAUCUUUGCUAAUACGUCACAAGAGAACUCAUCAAAAAGACAGGCCUUUCUCGUGCGCCCAUUGCAAUAGAGUUUUCUUAUCCAAGAGUGAAUUAAGACGUCAUCUGGCAGUACAUUCAGAUGACAAACCAUUCUCCUGCGAGUACUGUCAAACCGUCUUCAGGAGGAAGGAUAAUUUAAAUCGUCACAUUAGGCAUCAUCAUACAGAUAUUUCAACAGUCGAUAUGAAUAAAUUACAAGGUCUUAGAGGAAUUGCAAGUAGAAAGGUAUUAAAAUCAAAACAAGUGAGCACGAAACAUAAGCAAAAAGGAAAGAAGGUGGAAAGAAUGACGUCGUCCAACGUUAUAUUAAAGUCCAAUAAAGUUUCAUUAGGUGUCACAAAUUCUCAUGAACAAAUUAACUCUAGAUUAGAUCCAAUGGGUAAUAUUACGCCAGUUAUAAGAACUACCACCGAGCUAAGUAAUGCAGUACCCGUUAUUAAUGGUCCUAUUUGUAUUAGAAAGCCAGAAGAUAAGACCGAAAGUAAUAAGAAAACAUUUACGUAUACAGAACCAAUACCGCUCGCCGAAGCUGUCGUAAUAAACAGAAGAAUAGAAGAGAAGUUGUAUCCUCAGAAUAUGUCUCGCCAUAAUUAUUUUUUGUGCAAUUAUUUGAAUCAUUCUGACAAGCAUGCAAUAACACCUUCAACGAUGCGCGCUAAUCACUCUAUGAAAGCUAAUUAUUCCAAUCUCAAUGGUUUACCCUCCGAAACAACAACGGUGACCGAAGCUACGUUUCUAUGCCAAACUACAGAAUCGGGUAAUUUUAAUUUGGAAAAAGAUUCAACGAUACAACAGGAAAUAUCCAAAGAAAAAUCUGUCGAUUGUGACGAUACAAAGACACUAAACGAGGUUACUACAUUAAAAAAACCUAAUGAUCUUUUAAUCGAAGUAAUUAAAGAUUGCAAUUCAACAAUCGGUACCAAGGAAGAAAAGCAAGAACAAGCAAAUUGUGUUUCUACUAUAAAGAAGACAUUCAUGCGAUAGAUCUUAUUAAGUUAAAAAAAAAAAAUGAUAUUUUCACAUAAUAAACAAGAUAUUUUUUCCUCCAAAAGGAAAAAAAGCGAGCGAUACAAGAUUGAAAUACGAUAUAGA